CGUCAUGAAUACCAACCAUGUCUACAGGGAUGUUUGUGGCAUCAACUUCUGCUGGGCAUUCCAGGAGCACAUCAUAAGAGAAGCUCUCGCGUACAAACCGAGGCAAGGGGACUUAUUCGUCGUAUCCUACCCAAAGUGCGGCACAACAUGGAUGCAGCAUAUCGUGUACGCCAUAUUUAACGACGGCACCCCGCCGCCCGACAUGGACGAAUUCAUGCGGAGGUCCCCCUUUCUGGAGAUGAUUGGAGUAGGGGCCGCCGAAUCCAUGCGACGUCCUGGCGCGAUCAAGACACACCUUCCAUUCACCCACCAGCCCUACUCUCCUCAAGCAAAGUACAUAUACGUCAGCCGUAACCCCUACGACUGCUGCGUUUCAUUCUAUUAUCACUACAAGUCAUUCCCUGCUUACUAUUUCACCGAGCAGCCGUUUGACAAAUUCUUCGACAUGUUCGUCGAAGGAAAAGUGGAAUUUGGAGACUACUUUGACCACCAGAUAUCAUGGUACGACCACAGAAACGAUGAAAACGUGCUCUUCGUCACCUACGAGGAACUGAAGAUGGAACCCCGCGCCGGAAUCCUUAAGAUAGCCUAUUUUCUGGGAGAGAACUAUGGCAGAAAACUGCAGGAGCAACCAGAAAUGUUGGACAGGGUGUUGAACGCGUCGAGCAUGAAGACCAUGAAGGGAUUCAACGAGGAAUUCAAGAAAUGGGCGACAAAGGCUGCGGAGAUAUUGGAAGCGACUGGAAGGUACCAGCCGCUGCCCAUCGAAUUAGCGGAAGUAAUGAACGAGCCAACAACGGCAGAAUUUGUACGUAAGGGAAUCAUCGGUGAUUGGAAAAACCACUUCACUCCCGACCAAAUAAGGCGUAUGAAAAACAGGAUAGCCUUAAAAACAAAGGGCAGCACCCUGAUGAGUCUGUGGCAAGACAUUGGCCUUCCGUGAGCAGUGUCUUUGUUUGUUGCUUACGAAUAAGAACAAACACUCAGUAGCUCUGCAUUCCUCGUAUUUUAUGACACCCCGCCUUGCCUCAAUUGCUACGGUGUUCUCCUGCGAAAAAAAAAGGCUUUGCGUUCUUUUGACACCCGCUGCGGUGACAUUUCGACGACGACCAAUGAUUAAGACACUCGUGUAUUUAAAUAUAGGCAACGUUGAAGAACCACAGAUGGUAGAAAUUUUACAGGAGACCCCCAGUGCUUCCAGCGCUGUAGGGUCUCGAUAUUCCACACUAACAUCAGGCUCAUUAAAAAAAGCACGUAUAUGAUUCUUCAUGAGGAUAAAAACUAGCAUAAUUAGUUUUCUGGUAUGUUAACGAGCUCUAAGACGAUGCUGACAUUGAUAUAAACAUAUUUUGGAAGCAAAAAGUAGAUGAAUCAAUUUUCUUUGUUUACAAAACUUGGACCUGGCCCUUCAAACCGUGUCGUAUUUACCAAUAAAAACACUCAUGGAUCUAUUCAUAUAUUAUGCAGCCCACUCAACUUGUACUUUUUUGAGGACGUGUGAAAAAUAAAGGAGACGAUUUUAAGAGCGUAUACUUGCUUGAGGAAGGAAAAGAAGCAAGAUGGAACUAAAUGUAGUGAACAGUGCCUACCCAACAAUUACAGUUUUUAGCGCCAAGAUAUUGCGUCGGAAUUAUUGUCGCACGCGGUGAAGUGUUGUGUCUACGUCCUCUUCCAACUUGCCCUUUCUUUCCCGCUUCGAUAUGAACAUUUUUCAUUCUCCCCACAUCGUGUCCAUCGGGGUUUCGUUGGUCCAUCGUGAGUGGCCAGUGGUGAUACGCAAGAUAAACAUUGAUAAUGAUAAAUUCGUAUUUGAUAAAACGGUGCUGAACUCUUUUCCGGAUAACAUAAUUCUUGUACAGGAACGUAGCAUUCGUCCUGAAUGUUUUGUCUAUUUGUAUCUUGUUUUUUUUUCUUUCUUUCGAAAGAAAUGCCCAAACGACUCGGCUCAUUGUUAAUGUUUAUGUGAUCAUUAAAGCUUGUUCUUUC